GUUUUUAUUAUAAUUGCAAUUUAAUUUCAUUACUUCAUAUUAGAUUUUCAAAAUAUGAAAGUUUUAGUCAUAAUCAUAUGACAAUUGAAAACCAAUUAUCAAAGAUUAUUAAUUCACAAAAAAAAUGAAUAUGUUUUCAGAUCAGAGGAUGAAGAUAAAAAUUUACAAAUUGAAUCAAUACAAUUGUUAUUUCAAAAAUUUGGGGAUUAUUUAGAAAAUAUUGGAUUCGAGUCAAUUGUAAACUGUGAAUUAAAAUACAGGGUAUUAGAAAUUAUUAAUAAUUAUUGUAAAAGAAUUAAAUUUUUUGAUAUAUAUACAUCUAGUAUUCAGAAAGCUCAUAUUGUAUUGGAUUCAGUCAAAAUUUUCGGACAAAACCUUAAUUAUCUUUCCAUAUCUGCUUUUAUUUUGUAUAGUAAAGAUGAUGAGUCUAUGAUAGAAUUAUUUUUAAGAUUAGCACAUGUUCUUCCUUGUAAAUUAGAAUAUUUGAAUUUAAGUUGUAGUACUGAGAUUACAAAAAGUGUUUGGGAAGUAUUUUUAAAAAAUUUAAAAAAUAUUUUCAUUAAGAAAUUUUUAUUCAAAAUUAGUAUAUUAGUUGAUGAUAUUUUACCAUAUGUAAAGGAAUAUAUUAUAAAAGAAAAUAUUGCUGAAUAUUUAGCUAUUAGAGGAUAUAUAGAAAUCCAAUUUCUGUUAUAUCUAUUAAGGGAAUUAUUAUGUAUUAUUUAUAUUGUAUUCAAAUUU